AUGGAUAAGAUAUGGACCAAGUUCAAAGACUUGUUAUAAUUUGAUAAAAAAGAAAGGUAGCAAAUAAGUUAAUGCGAAAUUUGCGUUAAGUUAUUUGUGAAAGAUAGUGGAUAAACCAUUCAUAUUAAUAAUAAAUAAGUAGAAAUUUUUUAUCCUAAAGAUAUCAAAUAGCCAAAAUCUGUAGUUUUUCUUUAAAAUCCUAACAUUUUCUAGAAAUAAAUUCUUUAUGGGAAACACAUAAGCGGCACUGAUUUGGUGGCAAUAAUAUUAAUUGAUUUAAAGUUGAUUUUAUUAGAUUACAAGAGAGGACAUGUUUUAAAAAUAGUUAGUAAUGUUAAUUAAAUAGAAAAAUUGAACACAAAUUGUCUACUUCUCUUUGGUACAAAUUAAGUCAGAACUAUUUGCAAAAGAACUUUUAAAGUUAUCCAUUAAGCCAAGACCUCUUUCUCUUCUCCUGUGUUCACUAUAGAUGUUUAAAAAGACCUAUUUGUUAUUGGGUCAUACUGGGAUAUCUAUGUUAUAGUUUCUACUAGCGAAGAUUAUUAUCUCAAUAUAUGGGAGAUAUAAUAAUAAAUAAUAGAAGGAGAAGAAAAAUAUGAAUUAGUUAAAAAAUAUACUGUGUAUAUGUCAUACGUAGCUGCAAGUUGCAUAAUUCCUUGUCCAUAUAACAAAUACAGCCUCAUGGCUAAUUCAAAUUCAUCAGUAAGGUAUAUAGUAUUUAAUCAAGAUAUUAAUGGACAAAAUCCAAUAGACUAUGAUUCACUUCAGCACAAUAUCUCUUUUUCCAAUUUAUCAUUUAACUAAAAUUGA